UGUAUUACCCAAGCCCAUUUCAAACCCAAACCUAAUCUAAGCUAUAAAGUUCCAUUUUUUAGGGUUCAGAGUAACUCAGCUGCCAAAACGAAAGGAGUCGUCUUGUUCCCUUCCUUCCCUCAUCAUCGAACAGCAGCCAUGAUUAUUCCAGAGAAGAACCGGAGAGAGAUCUCCAAAUACCUUUUCCAAGAGGGUGUUUGCUACGCGAAGAAGGAUUACAAUCUCGCGAAGCACCCCGAGAUCGAUGUGCCGAAUCUGCAGGUGAUCAAGCUGAUGCAGAGCUUCAAGUCGAAGGAAUACGUCCGCGAGACCUUCGCUUGGAUGCACUACUACUGGUACCUCACCAACGACGGGAUCGAAUUCCUCAGGACUUACCUCAAUCUUCCGUCGGAGAUUGUUCCCGCCACUUUGAAGAAGUCGGCAAGGCCCAUGGGUCGGCCCAUGGGCGGCCCACCCGGCGAUCGCCCACGUGGCCCACCGCGGUUUGAAGGUGACAGGCCGAGGUUUGGUGACCGGGAUGGAUACCGUGGGGGUCCUCGAGGCGGCCCUCCCGGUGAGUUUGGUGGCGAAAAGGGUGGUGCUCCGGCCGACUUUCAGCCUUCUUUUAGGGGAGCUGGAAGGGGUGGCUUUGGGCGUGGAGCUGGAGGUUACGGUGCGGCACCUCCCAGUUCAAGCUUUUCUUGAUUGUUAUGUUUUAGUGAAUUAAAUUCAAUCCUUAGAACUUACAUGGUGCGAUUGAAAAACAAUCAAUAUCAUGUCUUUUGAAUCAUCUUACCUACAAUUUUGUCCUCUUUUAUUAUUUUAAUAAAAUAUUCUUUGGCUAUAAA